AAGCAAAAGCCCCAAAAGAAAAAAAGCAGAGCAAAGGCGUCUUCUUCUUCUUCUCCAUUGGCUUGCUUCGUCUCUCUCUUUACUUUACUAUUGAGGAAACAAAAAUCCUCAUCUCGCCCGGAGAAAAUAGCUCUGAGAACUGCCUCUCUCUCUCUCGCUCUCUCUCGCUCUCUGUGUCCCUCUUCUCUUCCUUCUUGAGGAGAGAUAAAUAUAUAACAACGGUGGUGGUGGUACUCUUUCUCUUUUACGAUUCAUUCUUCUGAUUGGAUUAUUAUUUCAUAGGCUCAUCCUGCGGUUUUAUUCCUUUUUGGAGCUUUUUGUAGUCUAGUCUUAUUACAGGAGAUUCAAUUAGAUUUUGGAACUAACCAACUUAAGGUUCUUGUGAUUUGGAUGGUUUUGGAUUAGAAGGGGUUUUCAUUAUUGAAUACAGUACAUAAAUAAAUAAAUAUGAGUGGCGGCGAUGAUGAGACUAGUAGUCAUCAUCAUCAUAAUGGAUCAUCGUCGGGGGCUCUGACGAUUGACCAAAGUCUGCUUCUCGAUCCCAAAUUAUUGUUCAUCGGCUCCAAGAUUGGCCAAGGCGCUCACGGCAAAGUCUACCAAGGAAGCAGGUAUGGUAGCGAGAUUGUUGCUAUCAAAGUUGUCCACCGCGGCACCAAACCUGAUGAGAAAUCUUCCCUCGAGAGCCGUUUCAUCCGCGAAGUCAAUAUGAUGUCCCGAGUUCAACACCCUAAUCUUGUCAAGUUUAUUGGAGCCUGCAAAGACCCUCUCAUGGUGAUAGUGACUGAGCUGCUCCCAGGGUUGUCCCUCCGUAAAUAUCUUGCCACCAUCCGUCCUCAGGUGCUCCAUCUCCCUCUUGCUUUGUCCUUUGCCCUUGACAUUUCCCGCGCCUUGGACUGCUUACACGCCAAUGGUAUCAUUCACCGAGACCUCAAACCUGACAACUUGUUGCUCACGGAGAAUCACAUAUCCGUCAAGCUUGCCGAUUUUGGGCUUGCUAGGGAAGAAACCGUUACAGAGAUGAUGACCGCUGAGACUGGGACUUACCGUUGGAUGGCUCCUGAGCUCUACAGUACUGUGACCCUUCGCCAAGGAGAGAAGAAGCAUUACAACAACAAAGUUGAUGUCUACAGCUUUGGUAUCGUCCUAUGGGAGCUUCUCACUAAUCGGAUGCCGUUCGAGGGCAUGUCCAACCUUCAAGCCGCCUAUGCUGCAGCAUUCAAGCAGGAGAGGCCAGGAAUGCCAGAAGGUAUGCCUCCCAGUCUCGCGUUCAUAGUGCAGUCUUGUUGGGCAGAGGACCCAAACAUGAGGCCUAGCUUCAGCCAAAUUAUCAGACUGCUCAAUGAGUUCCUCCUUACCCUCACUCCUCCCCCUCAGCCUCUGCCUGACCCUCACACCAACAGGACCAACAGCGGAGCUAUCACUGAGUUCUCCAGCCGCGCAAAGGGAAAAUUUGCCUUCAUUCGCCAGCUUUUUGCUGCUAAGACGAACAGAAACUCUUAGGUACGUACCAUGAAGAGAUCUUCGUCUUCGCCCCUGCCCCUGCCACUGCUUUGGUGAAUACAUGACUUAAGCAGAGAAGUACAGGGUUAGACUUACGUAGCACUCACUUCUUCUUCUUGUCAAGUGACUAACUUUGGUGUAUCAGCUUCACACGCCAAACUAAUCUAGUCAAAUGUUAAAACCUAUGAUUAUCUUUAUAGAUACUCAAAACACUUGUGGAUGAUGUGAUCAACUAUGUAUAUUAUCUACUUUAUACGUUUUAUACUU